GUCGUUCUUCCGAAAGUUUCGGCGUGACUCUUUCGUCUUCCAACACAACGAACGCAACCAGACAUACCACCUAGUUCGCCAGUCAUGAGCCAGGCGGUCCCUUUCAAAGAUGCGCUCAAUGAGCUCGACGAUCGUCGUAUCAAGAACAUCCGUCCAUUGAUCCCGCCGCAGAUUCUCGUUGAAGAGUAUCCGCUGACGCUGACGGCGGCCAACACAAUUAUCUCUGGACGCAAGCAGACUGAAGCGAUCGUAAAGGGCGAGGAUGACCGGCUUGUCGUUGUCGUGGGCCCCUGCUCGGUUCACGACGUUCGAGCUGGGCUCGAGUACGCACAGAGGCUCCGCAGGUACGCCGAUGCGGCCAAGGAGGACCUGCACAUUGUCAUGCGCGUUUACUUUGAGAAGCCAAGGACUACGGUUGGAUGGAAGGGACUGAUCAACGACCCCAACCUCGAUGGUUCCUUCCAGAUCAACAAAGGUCUCCGCUUGGCUCGUGGUCUCCUCCUCGAGGUUGCAAACAUGGGCCUGCCCGCCGGAACAGAGUUCCUCGACACGAUCAGCCCCCAGUACACGGCUGAUCUCAUCAGCUGGGGCGCGAUUGGCGCAAGAACGACCGAGUCGCAGGUUCAUCGCGAGCUGACUUCGGGUCUGUCGAUGGCCGUCGGCUUCAAGAAUGGCACCGACGGCUCCAUCUCCAUUGCCGUCGACGCCAUCAAGUCUGCCUCUUCAUCGCACCACUUCCUCUCCGUCACCAAGCAGGGUAUUUCUGCUAUUGUUGAGACGGCCGGCAACGAUGCAUGCCACGUCAUUCUGCGAGGCGCCAAUUCGGGCCCCAACUACAGCCGCGAGCACGUCGAAAAGGUGUCGGCGGACCUCCAGAAGGCCAAGCUGCCCGAGAGAAUCAUGAUCGACUGCUCGCACGGCAACAGUGAAAAGAAGCACGAGAACCAGAUGAAGGUCGUCGACUCGCUCGUUGAGCAAAUCGGAAGCGGAAGGCCAGAAGCGUCGAACAUUGUCGGCUGCAUGAUCGAGAGUAACCUCGUUGAAGGUAAACAGUCGAUUCCUGCCGAUGGUCCUUCGGGUCUGACGAGGGGACAGAGCAUCACUGAUGCCUGUAUCGCCUGGGAGACGACCGUCGUGGCCCUCGACAAGCUCCGCGGAGCCGUGCAAGCUCGGCGAGCGAAGAAAAAUGCCGGUUCGAACGUGGCGCCAACGUCGCCCCAGGCUUAUGUCAAUGGCCUCAAUGGACCUGCAGGCAUUAACGACGAGCUCCUCAAGCGAAAGCAGCAGGAGUCUGCAAAGGGUUUCAACGACGAUGUCCUUGCCAGCCUGGGCAAAGGCACUUCUCUGUGAUCUUGAAUUCCCCUCCUCUCGAACACGCAAAAUGAUAAUCUGUCAGAGCAUGUUGCUUCUGCCUCCGUUUCAAUCGUUGGUGUAAAAAGACAAUGAGAUGCUGCUUGCCGUU